AAUCAUCUCAACACCACCAAUUCCAAACAACUCCAUUACAACAAACAACAACAACGACAACAACAACAAGAUGUCCUCCCACAAACCCCCCGUGAGAAACUCCCUCCCCGCCACCCACGCAGCCUCCACCGUAUCCGCCCCCAAACCCAAACCCACCAACAACGCCUCUCGCGCGCCCGCAAAACCCUCCACCUCCUCCCAGGGCCCAAACGAACCCUCCUCCGACCCCCGCCACCUAGCCAUCGCCCUCCACCACGCCCACCGCAUCCAAUCUCAAAAAGACUCAGAAGCCCUCAUCCUAGACCGCAUCCUCGACCUCAUCACCCUCCCCUCCUCACCCACCGCCGACCCAGCCGCCCCCUCCCCCGCAGACGCCCACGCCCUCAAAUCAGCGCUCGUCCCCUUCCAACCCUCCGACUACGACAACCUCAUCGAAGAGCGCAACAUCGAAGGCCGCUGCGGCUACCCGCUCUGUCCCCGCCCGCACCGCACCGAAAAUGCCUUCAGCACCGGCGCAAACGGCAGCUACCGCAUCACGUGGGGCGCGAAAGGCAGUGGCCCCGGCGGUCGCGGCCGGUCUAUGAAUAUCGUGCCGCGCGAGUCGCUGGAGAAAUGGUGCUCGGAUGAGUGUGCGGAACGGGCGCUGUAUAUUCGCGUUCAGCUGGCUGCGGAGCCCGUUUGGGAGAGGCGCGCGGCGGAUGUUGCGGGUGGUCAGGAGAUUCUUUUGUUGGAGGAGGGUCGGGCUGCGCAGUCAGGUCAGGUUAACGGCAAGGGCAAGGCGAGGAGUACGGAUAAUCCCCCGUCUGUGCGUAAUGUGACGGGCCAGUUGGAGAAUCUUUCUAUGGAUGUUGACUCUGUCGGGCGUGGACCGGGUGAUGUUGCGGGGGAUAUGGCGCGGUUGUCGGUGAGGGAUGAGGGCCGGGCGGCUCGUGCGCUGGCGCUGGAGAGGGGUGAUUCUGUGGAGGGGGCUUGGGGUGAUGGGAGGGUUGGGGUGUGCGUUCGCGAGAAUGAUUUGGGCGGUGCGGCUGCUGUUGCGCCGAGGAUGGGGCCUGGGGAUGAUCGCGGGGGUUCGAUUGAGGGGUAUGUGCCUGCUCCGUGAUGUUAUCCUAUAUGGGUUUGAUCUUUGACGAGUUGCCAUAUUUUGUGGGUUGCUUUUCUGUGCCUUUUAUUCUUGUGAAGGAAUGGGUAGUAGAAAGGUUUGCAUAUUGGUUGGGAUUUGGGAAGGUUGUGUGGCGUUUUAUUGAUACUGUAUAUAUGAUACCCGGGUCUAUGGAGAGUUGAGACUAUACAAUUGCAUGAAUUGGUGAUGCAUGG